AUGACGGAUGAAUACAUCACAAUAGAAUCAGACCUCAUUGAGUCAGAUGAGGACACUGACGUACUAUCAGCACCUGAGUUUACAUGCCACUGUUGUUAUGAAGUCCUCGUAGAUCCCACUACGCUCAACUGUGGCCACAGUUUCUGUCGGCAUUGUGUGGCGCAGUGGUUGCAUUCUUCUAAACGGAACGAAUGCCCAGAAUGCAGAGCGAGUUGGCAGGGGUUUCCCAAAGUCAACAUUCUCCUCAGUCAGAACACACUGGAUUUGAUCAGUUCCAGGCAAAGGAGGUUUAUUGUUGACAGUCUUUGGCUGUACACCACACUGCAGUACACAGGCUUUACAUGGUUAUGGGCUACAAAUCUUGGAAAAUCCCUGUUUCUCCAGUUUGGUCUGAGAGAAUUCCCACGUCUCACCUUUCUCUACUUGUACCUGUUUGAUUAUCAAGACACCUUUCUACCCUUCAUACACACCUGCUGCCCUGCACACACAACCAAUAAAGUGCAGGAUGUCCUGCCCGACAACAUGCUGGAGCCAAGCCAGCAUCAAUGGAUGGAGUUUCGGGUGAAGGUAUGUUUUUUGCCCUAUCUGCUACUGAUUGACUUUGCGUGGCAAUGGAUGAGCGUUCAUUACUGGAUGUCACGGAUUGUCAUUGUUAAUGCCAUGUUAAUGACAAUAUUGGAGUUCUUUUAA